AUGAGCACAAAUUUGGAUCCAAAUUCCCCAUACUAUUUGCAUCCUUCUGAUAAUCCUGAAGCCAUUCUGGUUUCUUGUUCAUUCACCGGAGGCAAUUACUUCACUUGGCAACAUGCGAUGUGCAUUGCUCUGAGAGCAAAAAACAAAUACGGAUUUGUGGAUGGUUCGUUGCAAAGGCCGAGUCCGUCCAUGGUAGAAGAGCAGGCAUGGAUCAAAGUUAAUUCCAUGGUGAUUGCUUGGAUCUUCAACUCUCUGGUUCAUGAGCUUCAUGAAAGUUUUGGAGAUCUUCCAAUUGCCUCAUAUUUCACAAAGCUGAAAGGCCUUUGGGAUGAACUAGGUAAUUUAUCACCCAUUCCUAACUGUGAGUGUAGAAGCAAUUAUAGUGCGAUCAAGGAAAUGAUGGUAGAUCGAGAGAAAGACAGGCUGCACCAAUUCUUGAUGGGUCUAAAUGAUGUCUUCAAUAAUGUCAAAUCCACAAUUCUGGCUAUAGAACCACUCCCUACCAUAAACCGGGCCUAUCCGCUCAUAGUUCAAGACGAGAAACAUCAAGUUCUGAUGACUCAGAGAGCUAUGUAUCUUCCAAAUGUUGUUGCUCUAAUUGCCUCCAGAUCUGGUGAUCGAAAUUCCAACCCUCGGACCAAAGUAUGGUGCAAGCAUUGUAAGCGCCAAGGCCACUCUAAGGAUAGGUGCUACGAGCUGAUUGGAUAUCCUGAUGGAUGGGAGAAGAGGAAGCCAAAUCGUGGAACCAAAACAAAGGUUGAUUCUGCUGGAGGUUCACAAGUUGUGGCUGCAGCAACCAGUGGACCUACCCAAGCCACGCCAACGUCCUUCACACUUGAACAAUACAACCAACUCUUAUGUUUAAUGAAUAUGGACAUGCAGUCUCUUUGUGCCUCAAAUAUGUCUAGUAAGGGUUUCUCCACCACAGUUGGCCCUUCUGAUUGGAUUCUUGAUAGUGGGGCAUAUGAUCAUAUGACCCCAAUGAAGUAUUUAUUUCUUCAUCAUGAAACAAUGCCUUUCCCUUUAUCAAUAAACUUGCUAGAUGGUUCUGUUCUGUUUGCCACACAUAAAGGCACGGUCAUGAUAAUCCCAAGACUCCUUAUUCAUGAUGUGUUAUAUGUUCCUGGUUUCGAUACAACUUGCUUUCCAUAA